AUGGCCUGCGCCUACGCGUUGGCGAAAUAUCAAGAUGAAAGCCCCAAGGCUCACUCGCAGCCACCUAUCCGCGCAGCGACCACUGGGCCCUGGGUCAUUCCAGAUGUCUUUGACGCCCGUCACAAGCUACGGGACUUUGGUGUCACGGCUUUCCCGCACUGGUACUCCACUGGUCACGUGGCGAAGCGGGCCGUCAUUGGUUCGGAAGCGGUGCUGCCGCCGCGAUGGAAUUCCACCUUGCCCGAAGCUCGCCGCUCCCGCCGCUCGAAACAGAACAGCCUGCGGAAAUGGGACCUGCGGAAGUGGGCGGUCUUCGCGGUCCUGCUGUUGAUGCUCGUCUCCCUGCACAUGUACGGCGUUCAACAGUACAGCCUCGCUACCAGGGCGGUCUGGUACAAGAGAUUCCUGACCAACCGGACGCGCUUCUCGAACGAGUGCCGUGGUUGCUGCCGCCCCGCGCUGAACGUGUUCCUGCUGAAGACUCACAAGUGUGCCGGCUCCACGGUGCAGAACGUGCUCAUGCGUUUCGGCGACCGGCGCAACCUCUCGUUCGCCCUGCCCAGAGAAGGCAACUACUUCGGACAUCCCAAGCCCUUCUCUCUGUCCAUGAUCCCAGCAGACAUGAUCCCUCCGUGGGGCUUCAACAUCUUUUGCCACCACGUGCGCUUCGGCAGCGACGACCUGCGGCGCCUGAUGCCCCCGGACACGGUGUUCAUCACCAUCCUGCGCGACCCGGCGCGCCUCUUUGAGUCCCUGUACUUGUACUACCACCUGGAGAACCAUACUGGCGUCUCGCUGGAGGCCUUCCUCAAAAGCGACACCAAACAGCACUGGCUGGACAUGCACCGCUACGCUGCUCGCUUCGGCCGCAACCAGAUGCUCUUCGACCUCGGCAUGGACACCUCGGGCCGCACCAACGACUCCGAGGUGGAUGCCUUCAUCCAGCACAUCGAGGAGAGCUUCCACCUGGUCCUCAUCGCAGAACUUUUCGACGAGUCGCUCAUCCUACUCCGAGAUUUGCUCUGCUGGGACACCCAGGACGUGGUCUACUUCGAGCACAACCAGCGCAUGCAAAAAGCGGCUGCCGGCCGCGGCAGCAACAAUGGCGUCGACAAGGGUGACAGCGCUCUUCGUCGCGAGAUGGAGCGGUACAACGCGGGCGACGGUCGCCUGUACCGUCACUUCCGACAGAAGAUGGAGCGCCUCAUUGACGAAUACGGCCGCAAGCGCAUGCGUCAGGAGGUGGACGGCCUGAAGUUGUGGAAGAGCCUGCUCUACGAGCACUGCGUUGAGAAGCUCGAUUCCGGCCGCACGGUUGCGUACGAGACGCGCGAGUACAGCGACGACGUCUACAGCAUUGUUCUACGUUCGGGAGUCAACAACCGACUCUGCCUGGACAUGGCGCGCGCCGAGCUCCCGUACACCGAGCGACUCCGGCGUAAGCAAAGGCUCCUGGCGCGCAGCAGCCACUGGUGGACACUGCCGUGGUCAUCCGGGGACGGAGCGCCAGAUGAACCGGCAGUCGCCAGCACGCGGGGUCAACUGCUCAGACGGGCGGUCAGUGCCAGGCAAAGAGCGCGUCGGCGUGUGGCCAAAGGUUGACCGGCGCGUGGUCGGAGCUACCGGCGAACGACUCUCAGCUACGAAUGUCAGCGCUGCCACCGCUGUCGGGAAAUGGGCUUCCAGUCUCCUCACCAAAACUUGGCUCCAGCAUAAGUCACCAAAUUAGUCGAGGUAUGAAGAGGGCUGGCCCCGGCGCUAGCCAUUUCAGUAUCGGGUCUUCCUCGACCCGUAAUUCGCCGGGAAGAGCAGUCUCAAGUGGCUAAGAGGCUUGCAGCCUGCUGGCCAGGAAGUGGCUGGGGCACGAGUUUGCGGAUGAUUCGAGCUUCGAAGAUAGCCCCAGCUCCAAUGCCAAGUGUUCUGGCAUGCGCUUCGUAUGGCCAAGUAUUUGUCAGCAAAAGCAGUUGCGAGUGACCAAAAAAGCUCAAUGUGUGACCCUGAUUUCACACAAUGGUUCUGGAGUCUCGCUUCCGAAGGGUAGUUGUAGCACUGGUCUCCAAGUCAGUGACUUUAAGCAGAAAAGGAUCAAAUAUAUACAUCCGUGCAGCAUUCCAUGAAACGGGCUCUGCAAGACUUCAAGUGCUUCGAAAUGAAGUCCAGCAAGUUCUUUGUGAGCCUGAAGGUGUCUUCUGCUCUGCAUUUCAUGCAUGUGCUGUGCCUGUGAUAAUCAAGGGCUUGUGAUAUGCCCUUCUGCCAGCAGUUUGCUGUGAUUCGGCUCACUGCUGAAAAUGUUAUCAGUGCUGAGGAAGGACAUAGGGGACAUGAUCUGCUCAUUGAAGACAUUGAACAUGCGUGUGUAGGAUAUGUCUGUAUGCUUGCAAUUUAUAAGGACUACAUUGUUUAGGACAUGUGUAUUAGCUUGUGCAUAUGUGUGUGUAUAGACGUGAAAUUCAGUGGUGUGGUGCUUAGGCAUGGUGCAGCUUCUCGCUGCCACUUAAUUUGUUCUGUGCUGUACAUUGUCAGUCAGUCAAUCAGUCAAUUCUAGCGUAUCUGUGUUGUGAAUGUGGUCUUCGCUAAAUGCAGGAGUGUAAAUGUGAACAUUACAAGAGCAACUAGUUGUUUUAUUCCAAUGGGCUGCUGAGACAUCGACAGUGUAUGACAGCAAUCUAGGCUUCGAAAUUGUUUUUUGAAAGAUGCGACCAUACCAUCAGUCUGGACCAAAAUACCGUUCAGUGUUGAUAUCUAACUAUGUGUCAACACAUGUUGUGAGUAGUUUCCUGUCACAGUAUAUCACAAUUGAAAUUAACAAGGCAGUGGCUAGUAUUAAAUCGUAAUGUAAUGUUGAGCUGAACUAUAAAGCUCUUGCGAGCAAAGCUGUGUUAGAGCAUGUGCUCCUAAUAUGAAAAUGUUUUAAUUUCUGCUUGUUAGUUUCAAACAGUGGUCUUCCUUGGUUAAUCUCUGUUUAUAGCUCAGAUUUUUUACUGACACCAAGGAUAUUACUUAUGUAUUUUAUGUUUCAAGUUGACUGCCGUCAUGGUAUUUAAUAUUCAGUGCACUACACAUAGAAAGAAGUGUUCUACGCUUCUCGUAACUUGGAUGGCAUAAGUUGAUACAUCGUGACUUUAAGGUGACGAAUAGUUGAAAUUUUGGCAUGGGCAACCAGCACAACAAACUCUGUAGUCUUCGAAUGGGAGGUCGUCUUUUCUUAAGUCAUUCUCGCUUGUUGAAAAUGCCUUUCUCAUUCAUUCUAUGUUUGUAAAACACAACAAACCUUUCUUUGUUUUCAUUAUGUGGCUAUCACCAAAAUCGUGCGUGUGAAGUUUUCUGAUUGCAAGAGCGCACUAUUGUACUGUUAAUUGAGUUUCCUCCUUUUUUAUAUUUUGCCCUAGAUUGGUUCAUUUUUGUAACAUCAUGUGAGAGCUUUAACAGAUGUUAAUGUUCUUUUGUCGUGCAGCUUCUCGUUGUAAUACACAGCAUCCAAAAGUAACAGUUGCACGUUAUGCUUUAUGGCAUUACAAUCCCAAUUUCAAACCACACACUGUUCCACAAAUAUGUGCACUCUCAAGUUCACAUGCUCUUGUUGAAGGACCAGCUACUGACAUCAAACCCUUCAGCUCAUUCCUAUAACAGAAAGCCUAACCAGCAUUUUCUGAAACAAGUUUGUCUAGGUGUUAUCACAAUAACCUCUCUAGGCCACAGAAAACAAGGUCACAAAUGUUGCAGCACAUGCUGUAUUAGUAAAUGUAGUCAAUUUAAGACCAAUGCUUUCAGACACAGUUGGACUUAUGUACAACAAAUUCUUGUGCUUUGUGUUUUCUUCUAAGUUUUAGUGACAAACAAAAUUUUAAAACAGUUUUUUACAGCAACACGAUCAUGUUGCUCAUGUCUUGUGAGUCAGUAUUGUGCAUGGUGAAAAUAGACUGGUGUCGGUAAAACUACCGCUCAUCGUGGUAUGGCUCCGCCUGAUGCCCUGUGAAGAAUAAUGGAAGUAGUGUCUCCUUAGCAUUUAGGUAUUUUCCUUUUGCCUCUGUCACUUGUCACCGCAGUAUUUGCAGUCGUGUUUAAAUGACUAUUCACAAUAGCCACAGAAUAAUUCUUGCAGCUGCAUGUGGAAGAAGUUAGGGUUGCAGUGCACGAUAUAUGUCAUUAGAAUUCAAUUGCACUGCAGGGGUAUUUAGCUGCAUAUUAGAACUCGACACGAAGUGAUAAGCAAGAAAAUAAUAAAGCUUACGAUGAAACGCAAGCGGUUCUGAUGAACUUUGUUGUUUCGAGCCAGUAUACUCAUAAAUCUUCACAAUACGAAGUGCCCAUUACGGGAUACAUUCGCUGAAGCGAGAGGACUUCCACUAGCGUAAAAUAAUAGAUGACGUGUACAUACUACCUCUCCUCGGCUCCUUUCUUAAAGAUAUUGCCAGACUUGUUAGCACUGCUUUCUUUUUCUUCCUCUCACUGCCAGUCAUCCUGCAGUAAUGUGUGUGCCGUGUUGAUGUGAGCCUACUGUAGCAAAAAUAAUUGCAUGAGGUAUUCUUCGGAUUUCAAGCACCCCACACUUAAUUCGUAUGAGUCAGCAUCAUAGCCUUGAAUCCCUUGUGCUGCUUGUUGGUCGUAUUCACGAUAGGUGAAUGCGAGGACAGAUGUCUGCACUUCAGAUGGCAUCACUAAUGUGCUGCUCCAGUCGCAAUUCUUGUUAACCUACUUACUGGCGCUUGUUACUGAGUGGUCAACGGCUCACUUAACUGUGCUGAGAACUUCAGGUUUUCCUCUACCUUUCCAUGAAGAAGGCAUGCUUUCAUAUUUUUCUAGAAUUAAACAUCUACAAAAUAAUUGGUUCCGAUUUUUGGCACAAGCAUUGAACAUCCAUAACGAUUUUUUUUUUACAUGUUUGGGAACAUGCGUGAAUUGGUGUCUACAACUGUCGAAUGUGGUAACACCACCUGUGUAGAAGAGCUUGCUGAAAUAUGGCAUCGACCUGUGUGAUCAGAUUGAGCAACGGACUAUGGCGCGACGGCGUAAAGAUAGCACCGAUCGAGAUUUCUGCGGUUUUGCAUCUGCGUGGUGCUUGAUGCUGACGUCAUAUACACCGUUAAAUGGAGCCAAAUGCCACAAUAAACGACGUUAGCCUUAUGGACUGCUUUUAUAUAUUUUUCCGAAGCUGUGCAUAUAUAUAUAUAUA